UGGUCACAACGUGAUAUGAUGAGAGCAGGGAACAGGUUAAGGUGCUUGAAUCCACCUGACCUGACGGAGCCGGUCGAGAAUUCCACACUCACGGCAGAGGGCCACAAGUACGUACCCUCCGCUGCAUUACACAGACGACCGGACGUACUUACGUGAUCCUAAUUCGCAAAAAAAGAAAGGAUGUACGUACGUGAUCCUUGCCUAAAUUUCAAUUGGCACGGCUCCCUCCCUCCCUUUCAUAUGCGUCUCCACUUUCCAUCCCGUCUACCCCAGAUCCCGGCGCUCCCGUUGCACGCGCAGCCUUUCCAUUGCACUCCACGCGCCCGCCCGCCGGCAACGAACCGUUCCUUCCUUCCUACCGUUUGAAACGGUUGCGCAUUGGGCCCCUUCCCGGUCCGUGUGCUGUGCGCGGCCGAGUCUUCCAUCCAUCGCUUCCUAUCCUCCUAGACACACACACACGCGGAGGGUUUAGCCGCCGGCGCAAGUUUUCUCCUCCUCCGAGUGGAGCGGCGGCGGACUGCUGCGUUAAUCAUGGGCUGCAAAGGCUCCAAGCACGCGCUGCUGGACGGUGCCGGCUGCGGGGCGCGGGCGCCCGACCCGCUGAGGUGCUCCGGCCUCCUGCCGCGCCACUCCGUCGCGCUCAGCUCCUCCACGCUGGGAACCCUCAGCCUCGACCGCGCCACGGCCGCCGCCGCCGAGGUUUCUUUCGGUGGAGCGGAGGGGGCAGCGGCGGCAAGGAAGUCCACGAGGUGGUUCCCACCGUCGUCGUCGGCGACGGAGGAACCGCCGAAACGGCAGAGGCGGGCGCCGCCCCGAACACCGACCAAGACGCCGGCGCGCGACCCCGAGGAGAUCAACGUGUGGGAGCUCAUGGAAGGCCUCGAUUCCGACUCCGACUCCGACGACGGCUUGCUGCUCCGUUCCGCGGCCGGAUCGCCCGAGUACGACGAGGACGUCCUGUCGGCGUUCCGCGACGCGCUCGCCGAGUUCUCGCCGCCUCCUCCAGACGACCCCAUCAAGAAAGAGGAAAUCCAGGUGUUCGCCGGCGUCGUGCGCGCGCGGCUCGACGCGUUCCAGCAGAGGAUCGACGGCGGCGGCAGGCCCGGAAAGAACUCCUCCACGCCUUCCCCGUCGCCGCUGCGGCCUCCGCCGGAGAGCGCGCGGCGGGUCGUCCUGUACCUGACGAGCCUGCGCGGCGUCCGGCAGACGCACGAGGACUGCUGGGCGGCGGCCACGAUUCUCGCCGGCUACGGCGUGCGCGUCGACGAGCGCGACCUGUCCAUGCACGCCGGGUACAAGGACGAGCUGCGGGACGCACUCGGCCUUGGCACGGGCAACCUCGUCGGGCUCCCGCAGGUGUUCGUGGACGGAUGGCACCUGGGCGGCGCCGAGGAGGUCCGCCGCAUGCACGAGUCCGGGGAGCUCGCGGAGGCGCUCGAGGCCUGCGAGCCGGCACCGGGCGUCGGGGUCAAGGAAGGAUCGGGCCUGCCCGUGGAGUCGUGCGGCGGAUGCGGAGGCGCGCGCUUCGUGCCGUGCGACGUCUGCUCCGGCAGCUGCAAGGUGUUCGUCCAGGACGACGACGGCACGGGCGCCUUCAGGAGGUGCCCCGAGUGCAACGAGAACGGGCUACUCCGAUGUCCCAUUUGUUGAUCAAGAACAUACUAGCGUUAAUUGUCCGGGUUUUUUUUUUGCUGUUGUGCCUUUAAGAUUGUACAGAAAAAAACAAAAGCUGAAAUUUGCCGUC